AUGGAUGGAGCAGCAAAGCCGAAAGGGCGUAAGGAGAGCCGAGCAGCGGAAUUUGGAGUGGAAACAGACGCGAUGACGUUGCAACGUUUUGUGCUUCGCGACCAACGUAAGCAUCCGACAGCGUCCGGCGACCUCACGCAAUUGCUUACUUCACUGCUUACUGCAAUCAAGGCAAUUUCAAGUGCUGUCCGAAAGGCAGGAAUUGCAAAAGUCACUGGUUUGGCUGGCGAGCAAAAUGUUCAAGGUGAAGAUGUCAAAAAAUUGGAUGUUAUCAGUAACGAGUAUAUGAUCAACAUGCUCCUAUCAUCAUAUACAACUUGUGCAUUGGUUUCUGAAGAGAUUGAUGAGAUCAUCGAGGUGUCUCCAUCAAAACGUGGAAAAUAUAUCGUAACAUUCGAUCCUCUGGAUGGCUCAUCGAAUAUUGACUGCCUGGCGUCAAUCGGGACAAUUUUUGGUAUUUACAAAAAACAGACGGAUGGGCCGGUGUCGUUAUCAGACAUCCUUCAGAGUGGUCGUAAUAUGGUUGCUGCUGGUUAUGCGCUCUAUGGUUCUGCGACAAUGGUUGUGCUUUCAACGGGCAAUGGUGUUAACGGAUUUAUGCUUGAUCCUAGCGUCGGUGAAUUUAUCUUAACAAAUCGAAAUAUGAAAAUUCCACGAAAGGGCAACAUUUAUAGUGUCAAUGAAGGAUAUGCAUCGAAAUGGUCGAAAGGUAUUCAGGAGUACGUGCACUCCCGGAAAUUUCCUCCGGAUGAUCGGGAGCCAAUGAAUUCACGCUACGUUGGUUCGAUGGUCUCUGAUGUGCAUCGUACGUUGCUGUACGGUGGCAUUUUCAUGUAUCCUGCAACGAAGGACAAACCAAAGGGAAAGCUUCGAUUGCUUUACGAGGGCAUUCCAAUGGCAUAUUUGUUGGAACAAGCCGGAGGAAUGGCAACAACUGGUACUGAGCCCAUACUCGAUAUUGUUCCAUCAUCGAUACACGACCGAAGCCCUAUAUUUCUUGGCUCCGUGGAUGAUGUUAAGGAAAUUAUGGACUAUAUUCGUAGGUAUGAUCAGUGA